AUGGGAGGGUGGCACGAGAUAGAGCAGCGACCCGUCGGUGUCAUGGGCUGGUCGGCGGUGAAUCGAGGAGAGCGUGAGAUUUACGGCCAACAACUCGUCACGGGCAACAAAUGGAGACGAAACAACAGCACGUCAUGGGAGCGAGGACUUCACGACGGUGAGAAACAGCGGCCGAUCGUUGUUGAGGGGCAGCAGGCUCGCUGCCUUGACGCCGAGACGCUCCUGCUGCUCCCGCUCCACGCGACUCGACCAGCGACCCACGACGCCCUGCCACCGGUCUCGCCGCUCCCCGAGCACCACCGCGCCUCCGCCACCGUCGCCUCGCCGGAUUCGCCCCUGACGCGCAGCAACACAGCCACUCCAUUCGCCACUCCUCGUCGCUCCGCACCAGCAGCACCAAACGCCAAGCGUCCCGACAACCGCGCUCCCGCCCUCGCCGAAGCCGCGCCACUGCAACGCCCCUGCUCCGCUCGCGAGGUUCGCCCCGACGAUCGCGCUCCUGCCCAGCCGACGCCGGAGCUCCGAAGCCUGCCGCUCCCGACCUCGCCGCACCAGCUGCCCGAGGCCCCCUGCCGUCCCUGCAGCGCCCCACCGUUUGAAGCCCGCGACCCGGAGACCACACCGCCCCUGCUCGCCUCCGCCCAACACUCGCCGCCGCCGCGUGGCUGUCCCCGCCGCGACCCGACGCCACCGGGAGCCCCCGCCCGCUGCUCACCGUCGCCCUACUUCGCGGAGUCCCUCACCGAUUGGGAGGAUCUACCGCCCCCUCUCAAGCUGGGUUUGUUCCAAGUCCAAUUCACUGCUAAGGAUGGCGAUCACAAGAAGGAACUCUGCUGUAUUGAACAAGCUUGGAUUGCAUGUCGUGAACAAAAGUUGAGCUUACCUGAAGAUGAGCUCAAGGGGAAGGAGAAGACUUACUAUGCCACGGCUCGAUACAUCCGUCAGCACAAGAUUCCGACCGAGUAUCUCCCAAAGGUGCCAGAUGUGACCGAGAAGCCCACUCGACAAGCAGAGCUUAAUCAUCACAAGAGGAAGAUUGAAGAACUUGAAGAGCAAGCCAAGAAAGACGCUAAGGAGAAGAGGCAAUUACGUUGA